AUGCCCAUGCAGGGAGCCCAGGGAAGGCUGCGGGUCUCCCUCAACAGCACACCCCUGGCCGCACCCCACUCGGGGCUGGCUGCUAACCAGACGGCUCCUUGGUGCUUGGAAGUGUCCGUCCCUGAUGGGCUCUUCCUCUCGCUGGGGCUGGUGAGCCUGGUGGAGAACAUGCUGGUGGUGGCUGCCAUCGUCAAGAACCGCAACCUGCACUCACCCAUGUACCACUUCAUCUGCUGCCUGGCCGUGUCCGACCUGCUGGUGAGCAUGAGCAACGUGCUGGAGACGGCCGUCAUGCUGCUGCUGGAGGCGGGUGCACUGGCUGCACGGGCCAGCGUGGUGCAGCAGCUGCACAGUGCCAUUGACGUGCUCAUCUGUGGCUCCAUGGUCUCCAGCCUCUGCUUCCUGGGCGCCAUCGCGGUGGACCGCUACAUCACCAUCUUCUAUGCUAUGCGCUAUCACAGCAUCGUGACGCUGCCCCGGGCGCGCCGGGCCGUUGCCGCCAUCUGGGCGGCCAGCGCCUUUUGCAGCGCCCUCUCUGUCACCUACUACGACCGCCCGGCCGUGCCGCUCUGCCUCGCCAGCUUCUUCCUGGCCCUGGUGGCACUCAUGGCGGUGCUCUAUGUGCACAUGCUGGCCCGGGCCUGCCACCACGCCCGCGGCAUCGCCCGGCUGCACAAGCAGUGGCGGCCGGUCCGCCAGGGCCUUGGCCUCAAGGGCGCCGCCACCCUCUCCAUCCUGCUGGGUUGCUUCUUCCUCUGCUGGGGCCCUUUCUUCCUGCACCUCACGCUCAUUGUGCUUUGCCCUCAGCACCCCGCCUGCAGCUGCGUCUUCAAGAACUUCAACCUCUUCCUCACCCUCACUCUCUGCAACUCCAUCGUGGACCCCCUCAUCUAUGCCUUCCGCAGCCAGGAGCUCCGCAAGACACUCAAGGAGGUGCUGCUGUGCUCCUGUGGCCCCAAAGGCCUGCUGCUCGCAGCGCCGCCCCUCCCUCUGCGCGUGCAGCCCAAAUCCCGGGGGCCCGGCCCGGCCUGGCCCGGGCGCGCAGGUCCGCCCAGGAGGGGCCGCGCCCGCCGCAUUGUGGCCGGUCGGAGGCACGGUCGAUGCGCGGUGCUGAUGCUGCGGAGCCGGUGCCGCAGUGCGCGGAGGCCGCGGAUUGGCCGCCCGGCGCUGACGCGAGCGGCCGGGCGGGGCCUCGGCUAUAAGAGCGCGCGGCCGGGCCCCGCGCCUCCUCCGCAGCCACCGGGUCCGCGCCGUCCUGCCUCCGCCAGCGCCGAGAUGAGGGAGAUCGUGCACAUCCAGGCCGGCCAGUGCGGCAACCAGAUCGGGGCCAAGUUCUGGGAAGUCAUCAGUGAUGAGCAUGGCAUCGACCCCAGUGGCAACUACGUUGGGGACUCAGACCUGCAGCUGGAGCGGAUCAGUGUCUACUACAAUGAGGCCUCCUCUCACAAGUAUGUGCCUCGGGCCAUCCUGGUGGACUUGGAGCCUGGCACCAUGGACAGCGUCCGGUCUGGGGCCUUUGGGCACCUCUUCAGGCCUGACAACUUCAUCUUUGGUCAGAGCGGAGCUGGCAACAAUUGGGCCAAAGGUCACUACACAGAGGGUGCGGAGCUGGUGGACUCAGUCCUGGACGUCGUGCGGAAGGAGUGUGAAAACUGCGACUGCCUGCAGGGCUUCCAGCUGACCCACUCACUGGGUGGGGGCACAGGCUCCGGCAUGGGCACGCUGCUUAUCAGCAAGGUGCGUGAGGAGUACCCCGACCGCAUCAUGAACACCUUCAGUGUGGUGCCCUCACCCAAGGUGUCAGACACCGUGGUGGAGCCCUACAAUGCCACACUGUCCAUCCACCAGCUGGUGGAGAACACGGACGAGACCUACUGCAUCGACAAUGAGGCCCUCUACGACAUCUGCUUCCGCACCCUCAAGCUGGCCACACCCACCUAUGGCGACCUCAACCACCUUGUGUCAGCCACCAUGAGUGGUGUCACCACCUCCCUCCGCUUCCCUGGGCAGCUCAACGCAGACCUGCGAAAGCUGGCCGUGAACAUGGUGCCCUUCCCCCGUCUGCACUUCUUCAUGCCUGGCUUUGCCCCACUCACUGCCCGGGGCAGCCAGCAGUACCGGGCCCUGACCGUGCCUGAGCUCACCCAGCAGAUGUUUGACGCCAAAAAUAUGAUGGCAGCCUGUGACCCACGCCACGGCCGCUACCUCACUGUGGCCACUGUCUUCCGCGGACGCAUGUCCAUGAAGGAGGUGGACGAGCAGAUGCUGGCCAUCCAGAGCAAGAACAGCAGCUACUUCGUGGAGUGGAUCCCCAACAACGUCAAGGUGGCCGUGUGCGACAUCCCGCCCCGCGGCCUCAAGAUGUCCUCCACCUUCAUCGGCAACAGCACGGCCAUCCAGGAGCUGUUCAAGCGCAUCUCGGAGCAGUUCACCGCCAUGUUCCGGCGCAAGGCCUUCCUGCACUGGUACACGGGCGAGGGCAUGGACGAGAUGGAGUUCACCGAGGCCGAGAGCAACAUGAACGACCUGGUGUCCGAGUACCAGCAGUACCAGGACGCCACGGCCGAGGAGGAGGGCGAGAUGUACGAGGAUGAUGAAGAGGAGUCAGAGGCCCAGGGCCCCAAGUGA